CAGGAUUUUUUUUUCCUCUUCUAAAUAACUAGAAGCCAGUUUGGAGUGUGUCAUGCAAGCCCUGGAAAAGGUCGCCUUUUGAAUGAUUCGGAAAGCAGACCUGCUUUGAAUGCAUCCCUUCUAUUAUUCGAAGUGCUUGGGCCAAUAAUCUUUAAGCCAUCUUGAGUGCUUUGGGUGUUUUUGUUUUUUGUUGUUGGUUUUUUUUUUGAGUAGGUGGUUUUGAGACCCUAAGCCUGCAAAAUACUGAGUUCUUUUAACUCUCACUGACUUUCCAGGAGCAUACUGCCUUAAAUGAACAGGAUGUACAAUAAGAGGUUUGGGUUUAUAGGUAAAUAGCAUUUAUUAAAUAGUUCUGAUAGGGCUGUAACAUCAGCAGUCAAAGACAGAAUCAUGAAUAAACUGGUGGACAAGCAGGACCAGAUGAUACCAUGAAGAGAAGUUUACAAGUCCUCUAUUGCCAACUGUUUAGUGUUCUAUUGAUCUUGGCACUGACAGAAGAACUGGUGUUUGCUGUUCAGGUACUGUCUCCCAGUAUAUCAUCAUCUCAGGGUCUCCUGAUGGACACUACCACUAUGACAGCUAUGGGGACGACACCUCAACACAAAGACCUUCAUACAAGAGAGCCCAUUCCUACUCAUGCAAUUCCUCAUUCCAUCAACCCAAUGGAGAACCCUACCCCUUCCAUUGGCCAAAAUCCAGCAACCAGCAGCCAUCGUGGUGGCAAAAAGGAAACGUACCAUUUAUAUAACCAGAGUGCUUUGUAUUCAGGACAGACUCACCCUAAGGGGAAAAUAUUUCAGAUUUUCAAAGGCAACUUUACAGAAUCUUCAGAGCCUUACCUAAAGACAGCACUGCAUUCUCCCUUCCCUACUUUGAGAAGCCCAUUCACAAACCACCGAUUUCAGUCUCAGACAGCAACCUUCAGUGAUCCCAAAAGCAGUGAGCCGGCAACUACUACAGAUUUAGACUCUUCUCUCCACAAUGACACUUUGGAAGGCCUUAAUAAAGCAGAGCAAGGGAAUGGAACACAGCUAGUUAUGCAGAAAACAAAUUUCACUACCCCAACAGCGAGACCGUUGCCUGAUCCUGAAACAGUGUCAGUGCCUUUUAAACCCACAUACUAUGACAUAUGGGAUAUCCUGAAAAAUAACUCUUGGGUAACCUUGAAUGCAGGUACAAGUGUACCUUUAUUCACCAGUCCCGGAACUGAACCAGCAGCAGCAUCGGGUCAGUCUGUUCAGGCUGGUAUUGAUGUCAGUGUUUCAUCACCUGCAAUGGGAAACCCUAAAGGAACUUCCACAACACAGCAGGCCACGACUAAUUCGACUGCAUUCAUUGGCGUUGUCUCCACAGCCCCUACCACAAGAUUGUCCAGCUCCAUAUCAACCGCGGGCUCCACAGCAACAGGAAACUUCCUAAACAGACUGGUGCCUGCUGGAACAUGGAAGCCUGGUGUGCCAGGCAAUAUUUCUCAUGUCACUGAGGGAGAUAAACCCCAGCACAGAGCAACCAUUUGUCUUAGCAAGAUGGACAUUGCCUGGAUCAUUCUGGCUAUCAGUGUACCUAUAUCCUCAUGUUCAGUUCUACUGACAGUAUGCUGCAUGAGGAGGAAGAAAAAGACAUCUAACCCAGAAAACAACUUAAGCUAUUGGAAUAAUGCUAUCACAAUGGACUACUUCAACAGGCACGCUGUAGAGUUACCAAGAGAGAUCCAGUCCCUUGAAACUUCAGAGGAUCAUCUCUCUGAGCCACGUUCCCCAGCCAAUGGUGAUUACAGAGACAGUGGGAUGGUCCUUGUUAACCCCUUCUGUCAGGAAACACUAUUUGUAGGACAUGAACAAGUGUCUGAAAUAUGACCCCCAACACAUGUCUGUGCUUGUAUUGCAGUUCCAUCUUAAUUGUCUCCAAAUUAUAAAUAAAUAAAUAAAUAUAUAUAUUAUAAAUAUAACCUUUGUGUAA